AUGGACAAAAUUACCGACAAAAUAGCGGCCCUGCCGCCCGACGCCUUCUACACGUCUCUCGAGUUCUUUCCUCCAAAGACCGUCAUGGGCUUCUCGAACCUGCGCGACCGCCUCGACCGCAUGGAGCGCGCCCUGAAGCCGCUCUUUAUCUGCCAACGAGAGCUGGGCCUUACCACCUGCCUUCACCUAACGUGUACGAAUAUGAGUCGUCGCUUACUUGAUAAGGCGUUGGAGGAUGCAAAGGCCCUGGGGAUCCGGAACCUGCUGGCGCUGCGAGGAGACCCUCCGAGGCCGGACGAAUACAAGGCCCUCGACGACGCGAGUAGCGACGAGGUUACAGACUUCGAAUGGGCCACCGACCUCGUCAAGUAUAUCAAGGCUACUUAUGGCGACUACUUCUGCAUUGGCGGACCUCCCUACCUCGUGGAAAAGGUCCAAGCCGGAGCCGAUUUCAUAAUAACGCAGCUGUUCUUCGACGUCGACAUCUAUGAAAAAUUUGAAACCGCGCUCCGAGAGCACCCCAGCGGAGCCUUCAAAACCAUCCCCAUCAUCCCCGGCCUCAUGCCCAUCCAGAGUUACCAAAUGGUCAAGCGUACUACCAAGCUGAGCCACGCCUCCGUUCCCGACCCGAUCAUGGCCAGACUUGAUGCCGUGAAGGGGGACGACGAAAAGGUCAAGUCUGUCGGCGUGGAUAUUCUGAGCGAGAUCGUCGAGAACGUGAAAAAGGUCAAGGCGCGAACACCGGGACCGAGAGGUUUCCACUUUUACACCUUGAACCUCGAGAAGGCUGUAUCCUUCAUUUUGGAAAGAUCGAAGCUUAUACCCGUUUCUGACAGCGACGAUGAAGACGUGGCCGUGGCAGAGACCGAUGAAGCUCUUCGCAACACGAUCCCCAUCGUCCGUGUCAAUGGUGUUAAUGGCACCAACGAAGUCAAUUCGAAUGACGUUGCCUUGGGCAGCGCCCGCCGCCUCUCGACUGUCGGCUCAGAUCCUCGCAACAGAGUCAUCGUCUCUGGCGCGCAGGCUAGCCACCCCGACUACGAGGCCACGGCCGGGGAAGCGGGUAUCCCUGCCGAGCCGGUCAACACACGCGCAAACACUCUCGCGAUAUCCGAGGGCGAAGGCGUCUUGGGCCGCGAGGCGACCUGGGACGACUUCCCCAACGGCAGAUGGGGAGACGCCCGGUCCCCGCCCAUCGAACUCUGGGGCACCCCUACCUCGGUAAAAGACGUCAGCGACAUCUUCCUCCGCCACCUGCAGGGGACCCUCGCCGCCAUCCCCUGGAGCGAAGAAGGGCUCCUCCCGGAAACGAACGCGAUCCACCAGCACCUCGUCAACCUCAACAACAAGGGCUGGUGGUCCGUCGCCUCCCAACCCGCCGUCAACGGCUUCCGCUCCUCCGACCACACGUUUGGCUGGGGUCCCGAAAACGGCUUCGUCUUUCAAAAAUCCUUUGUCGAGUUCUUCUUGCCCACGGCCGACUGGAACGCCCUGCGCGCCAAGCUCCAGGACCCGGCCGUGCACGAGUCCAUAUGCUUCUACGCCGCCAACGUCGCCGGCGACUUUGAGAGCUCCGACGCCGCCGCCGCGUCUCCCGGCGGCAGCCUCACGCCGAGCACCAACGCCGUCACGUGGGGCGUGUUCCCGGAAGGAAAUCAUCACGCCCACGAUUAUCGAGGAACGGAUAUUGUGGAGGAAGAUAUUAGGGUGCAUGUAUUUCAUAUUGAUGCCGAGGAAGACAUCCCGGUGUGGAACCUCCGAUGCCAGCACUCCAGCCCGUAA